AUUACACAUACAUUUAUUCUUAAACUUUUCAUUACACAUAUUUUUAAAUUUUAAGUUUAGGGGAUAGUAAAAGUUUUAACUCUUUUUAAAGGGAAAAGGCUAAAAUAAUCUUUAUAUUAUUAUCGCUAUUUUGGAUCAAAAAUUUAUAGCCAUUUAGCAUCUUCCUUUUGUAUAUAUGUGUUUUGAACACCAAAAAACACUAAUUUACUGAUAGAAUUGGAAUUUCUUUUUUCUUUCUUUCCACGAAUCUUUGAUAGAAUUCUCUCUUUUCAUCUGAUUUCUAUUACAUGAUUAAUUUACUGAACACUAAUCUAAUUACUGUUUAAUCUAGAAUUUGAACUUAAAAAUUAAUUUCUGGGUUUAUGAACAUUUCUAGUUCUGGGUUUCUUAUUCCAAUUUUGUUGUUAGUAGUAGGAAUAUUUGAGAGCAAAAAGAGUAUGCUAUAGACGGACUAAUUAUUAUUCUUUGUUUUUUAUUUAAUCAAAAUUAAGUACACCAUUUAUCUUUUUUUUCCCUCCAAUUUUUGGGAUUGGUUCAUUUUCAUGUUCGUGUUUUUUUGACUUUGAGUGUAUGUGUUGUUUCUAGAAAGCGUAAAGAUUAAAAUUAGACGUAACGAUUAUAAAAUAUUUAAUCUUUUUUCUUUCUCUUGGCUGUUGAUUUUUAGCAGCUAAGCUAAGAAGAGGAGAAAAAAAAUUCUUAAAUCACACGAACUUUUAUUCUUAAAUUACACGAACUUUUUUUUUUUUUUUUUAACUAUUUCUACUUUUAAUAAAUGUUUUGUUUGUAAUAUUGAUUAUUAGUUGUAGAUUUUAAAAGGGUGUUUAGGGUUUCUAUUCUUUACCCUAUUUGCUUAUUAUUAUUCAUUCUUGGGUUGGAUUUGGAGCCUAUGUACGGAAGUUGUCUAAUUUCUCUAUGUGGGCUUGUUAAAGAGUUUAGAUUCAGGAUAUAAGGUUAUGGUGGAGCGAGGUUUAGCUGCUGCAGCUAAAUUUUCUUUGUAGGCGUGUAUUAGAAAAGGAAAGCCAGGUUUACGCAAUGUUUCAGAGCCAAGGAACUUCCAGGCAGAGUUGUAGUCUUCUUGCAGUAGUAUGUGGGAGAACUGAUGAAUAUGAUCAGAAGAAAGAUGCACAUGAUGGUAAAUCGAAAUAUUUCUUCCCGGAGAUUGUAUCAUCAGGGCGUUUGGAGGUGCAAGUGUUGAAAAACCCCAGUACCGAUGAAUUUCAUAAAGUUCUAGAUUCAUGGCAACCAAAUAUUGUCUAUUUGCAAGGAGAACAUCUUUCAAAUGAUGAAGUUGGUUCGCUUGUUUGGGGAGGUUUUGAUUUGUCUUCCUUGGAAGCCAUUUCUGGACUUUUUAGUACCACGCUGCCAACCGCUGUCUAUUUGGAGGUGCCAAAUGGAGAAAAAUUGGCUGAAGCUCUUCAUGCUAAGGGAAUUCCUUAUGUGAUGUAUUGGAAGAGCAUAUUUUCCUGCUAUGCAGCAUCCCAUUUUCGACAUGCAUUUUUAUGUGUAGCACAGAGUUCAUCUUGUCAUGUUUGGGAUGCUUUCAACCUUGCACAUGCAUCCUUCAGGCUUUACUGUGUCCGAAACAACCUUGUUCUGCCUGAAAUGAGCCAGAAGGCCAGUGGUAAUCUAGGUCCUCACCUGCUUGGUGAUCCUCCAGUUAUCGAUGUCCCUCCACCUGAGGCAGGUGCUGAAGACGAAGAAAGCAAUUCUGAUGCUCUUCCUGCCAUAAGGAUCUAUGAUGAUGAUGUGAACAUGAGGUUUCUCAUCUGUGGAUUGCCAUGUUCUUUGGAUGAAAGCUUGUUGGGGCCUAUAGCCGAUGGUUUGAAUGCCCUCUUAAGCGUAGAAAUGCGAGGGAGUAAGCUUCAUAACCGGGUCAGUGCCCUUCCACCACCUCUUCAAGCUGGUACAUUUUCCCGUGGUGUUGUGACUAUGCGGUGUGAUCUGUCAACCAGUAGUUCCGCUCAUAUUUCACUUCUAGUUUCUGGCAGUGCUCAAACAUGUUUUGAUGAUCUGCUAUUAGAGAAUCACAUCAAAAGUGAAAUAAUUGAAAAUAGUAUGCUAGUUCAUGUACUGCCUAGUGAUGAAGAAAAUAGACCACCUAUAUCUGCGCCUCGGAGAUCAAUGUCUGUAGCUUGUGGAUCAGAAGUAUUUGAAGUUUGCAUGAAGGUUCCGAUGUGGGCUUCGCAGGUCUUGAGACAAUUGGCUCCUGAUGUUUCAUAUCGUAGUUUAGUUGCACUUGGCAUUGCUAGCAUUCAGGGACUAGCUGUAGCUUCAUUUGAGAAAGAUGAUGCUCAACGACUUCUUUUCUUCUGCACAAAGCAAGGGAAGGAUGGGUUUUUUGGCAAUUCUAAGAUUGGCGAUCCUCCAGCAUGGUUUAGACCGCCUGCUCCUAGCAGAAAGAGGUCUGAUUUGUAUCAGGGAACGAGUUAUAAUUGCCAAAAUGGGUUAACACCUGUAAAUCAUGUGGCUGUGAAAGAAGAGAAAGAAAGUCGAUUAGCGAAUGGUGUUGCAACACCUCUGGUGACUGCUAGACAAAAGCUCAAAGUUGCUGCUAUGAGGCCCAUUCCUCAUGUUCGUCACCAGAAGAUGCUACCUUUUUCACGAAUUUCAGAGAUGGAGAGCCUUGAUGGGAACCAGGUGAAAAGUAAUCUGCCCAUCAUUCCUUCUUCAACUAAGGGUAGCAAUGUUGGAAUAACUCCUGUUACCCAUCGGAAAUCAGCAUCAAGCUCACAUCAGGCUAAGCAAAUUAUAUCCUUGAAUCCUCUUCCACUGAAGAAGCAUGGGUGUGGGCGAAAUCCAAUACAUGUGUGUUCUGAGGAGGAAUUUCUGAAAGAUGUAAUGCAGUUUUUGAUUCUUCGUGGACAUACUCGUCUCAUUCCUCAAGGUGGCCUUGCUGAGUUUCCAGAUGCUAUUCUCAAUGCCAAACGCCUUGACCUCUUUAACUUGUAUAGGGAGGUGGUCUCAAGGGGUGGGUUUCAUGUUGGCAAUGGCAUCAAUUGGAAAGGGCAAGUUUUCUCAAAGAUGCGAAAUCACACAGUAACCAAUAGGAUGACUGGUGUUGGGAAUACACUUAAAAGACAUUAUGAAACAUACCUUUUGGAGUAUGAAUUGGCUCAUGAUGAUGUUGAUGGAGAGUGCUGCUUGUUAUGUCACAGUAGUGCUGCUGGAGAUUGGGUUAACUGUGGGAUUUGUGGUGAGUGGGCACAUUUUGGCUGUGAUAGAAGACCAGGUCUUGGCGCCUUCAAGGACUAUGCAAAAACAGAUGGACUGGAAUAUAUAUGUCCACAAUGCAGUGUUACAAAUUUCAAAAAGAAGGUGGCAAAAACUACAAACGGAUAUUCCUGAUCAACCUUAGUCCUAAUGGCUUCAACAUCGCAAAUCCCAAUUCAUCAUAUAAUGUUCUCUUAAAACAUCAUCUGUGUUUCUGGCAGAAAUAGUAGGUAAAGCUUUUGUAUUACUUAGGACAUUAGCUUUUUGUGUUCUGGACAAACAGAGAAAGACGCGGAGGCGUAUAUUGAACAAAAGUUGGAAGUCGUCAGGCCGCGAUGAGGAGUGCUGCUACUCUUAUUAGGAGGAUGAAUUGUAGAGAUAGGGAAAGGGAUGAGACAGACUGCAGGAUCAUGCCAAGUCUUUGUAAUAUAUAAUCCUCUUCUGUGAGGAUAUGACAUUUUGUAGCUUUGGUUGGUGCCUUGGUGGAAUCAAUAUUUCUAAAAUUCCCCAGAUCUUUUUUUA